AAAAAAAAGGGGGAGAGACACAGAGAGAUGCCCAGGGGCCUGGCAGAGGCAGGGAGGCAGGGGAGAGGGCCUAGCUGGUCAAGGUCAGAACUUCAGCUCUCAGAGUGGGCCUGGGGGCUGGGCCUACAUGAAGCUCUCUCUACACUGACCACAAGGGAGGCCCUUUUGCAAUAUAGGAAAAGAAGAAGCCAGAUUAACAGGGAAGUGCUGGUGAUUUUCAGGGUAGCUCAGCAGGAUCCAACUCAAUGCACAGCCCUUGGGUCCAGCAACCUGAGCACCUCUCAGCCUCUGAGGGUGGCUCCAUUCACAUCCCCUUCUCCUUCCAUCACCCCUGGGAGCUGGCCGAGGUUCCUGAUGUGAGGAUUUUCUGGAGAUGGAAACAAUUCCACGGAGCGUUCAUCUAUAACACAACCCCACCUUUCAUCCAUGAGGAUUUCAAGAAGCGGCUGGUCCUGCACUGGGCAGAGGGUUGUAGUAAUGGCUCCCUCCAGAUCUUGAACCUGCGGAGCGAGGAUCACUCUACAUACUUCGGCAGGGUCCAGUUGAACACACGGAACCAUGGCAAGCAGAUGUGGCAGUCCAUCCGCGGGACCAGCCUCAAAGUCACUGCGGCUAGUGAAACUACCACCCUGGGCCCUGCCACUUGCGCAGACUCCACCACACGUGGACUUGGUGCUGGCAACGGGAGCGCGAGGCCUCAGCCCCUGAGUCUGGAAGCUAUGGUAGGAGUGGCGCUGGCCAGUGCUGUGCUCAUAACUGUGAUUUUGGGACUGAGUGUCUACUUCUGGUGGAAGAAAAACAAAGGUCUGCGCGCUGGCGUCAGAACCCCGGCCAGGGGAUCCUUCCAAAACAGUGAGGAGGAACAGAACACUGGGCAUAAAGCAGAUGACCUCACUACAGGAGCCCCUGUCCACUUCUCUACCUCGGCUGGCAUGCCACUGACCUGGCACAAUGAUUUCUCCCUAGGACAACGUACAGACCCCAGGCUGGACCCCAAGGAUGAUGGAAUUCUCUAUGCCUCCCUCACCAUCUCCAGUUCAACCUCACCAGCAACACCUCCCAACGGGAGCCCCCAGGAGGUGACCCUAUACUCCACCUUAAAGGCCUAAGGAGUGGGACUGAAUGACCUCCCUGGAGUAAGCUGCACAGAAGGAUCACGGCUUCCCAUAACCCCAGCCAGACAUACAGGACUCAGAAGCCAGCAUGCGCUGAAGACCACUAAGGACCUGAGAGAAACACCAUCUGCUCCAGUUCCCUCUUCAGCUUCCUGUUGUCACCUAUAAAAAUGAAAGUACCCAAGAAUUUGCCUCAAUGCAUUUAAGAAAACUGAUGUCACCUCUAACUUCUGUCCUUCUAGCCAACAGUGAACUCGAAGCUACCAUCCUUGAGUAGCUUUGUUCUGUGACUAUCUCAGGCCAGGGAAUAAUAAAUCCCCAAACUGAUAGUCAGGAACCCAAGUUCUGUUCCCCAGCCCCCUAAUCUGUUCUAUUUCCUUUUUUUUAUGAUUUACUUUUUUAUGCAUACAAGAACUGGGGUGCAGGCCAGAGGUAUAGGGGGUUGAGAGGAUCCACCAGAGACAGAGUGGGGAUUGGAACAGGUGGAUUGACUGAAAUCCACUGCUGAGGGGAGCAGUGGGCGAGACAGGAAAGGUCUGCUGCGCCAUGUGGGUCAGCUACCUGGCCGGCCAGGGAUCAACUCGUGCUUCAGUGGCUACAAAUAGCUUCAUGAGUUGCAUCUUAACCCCUUGUGCCACCAGGGUGGUCCCUGUUCUAUUUCCUUAUAAUAGUAACUAAGGUGUGCAGUAAAGGGCUUUACAUGUAUCACCUCAUUUAAACAUUCACAACCCUAUGUGGAUGGUAUCAGAUGUGCCAAUUUGAGGCAUGAAAAGAACCAGAAUGGUAACAGUGCUUUUCCUAAGACAUCAUAAGUGGUGACCCAAGAAAUGAACCUGAGUCUGCCCUUCUCAAUGUCCUUCUAGAACUCAGGUGUUGUUACCUACCAGAUUCCUGUAUUGUGCUAUGCUAGCCUUCUACCAGAAACUAUGGUGUGCCACAGUGAACUAGAAGGAGAGGGAGAGAAGCCAAAAGAAAGCAUCUGGCUAGCGAUGAACCAAUUAAACCAGCAAACUGUUUUAUUAACACAUAAACUACACAACUCUGACUUUAGUCAAUUAACCUUGCAGACAAUGAACAAAUCCAACACUUAAUUUCUCAAAGACCCUUCUAAGAGGUUCUCCCUCCUGUUCCCAGGGAAAGGGGUGUGCGAAUAUGAGAGCACACAUCUACUCCUCAAAGAAAGCCGUCGUGAACUCCUCUGCACCACCUCUCUGCUGCGGCUCCUCUCCAACCUCUUCCAUGAGUUGGUCUACAUCCAGGUCACUGGAGGCUUCAUCAUGAGGGGGGACACCACCAUCCUCCUGAGGCUGAAGCUCCUGGGGUCCAGGUUCUUCUUGCCCUACCACAGGACAGGUUGCACAAUGAGCUGGUGGGGUCUCGCCCUUUGGCACAAUUCUUGCUUCUUUUUUCUCAGACGAGCUGGUUUCUGAGGCCUUGCUUUGGAGAGCUUUAAAUUUUUUCUUAGGACCUAUGUGAAAAGUGGUUAAAUUAAGAGACCUAUUAGGUCAUCUAUCCUUUCUUUUGUAGAUCAAAUUCCUAAAUUCCUAUUUUCAAGAAAUCUCUGAAAAAGAUUACCUUUCUCAGUAGAAAAAAAAUAAAGCUUUGAACUCAGAAAAUCUGGAUUUAAGCCAUGGAUUAGAUGUAUGCCAUGGGGCUUAAGCAAAUUUUAGUAUCAUUUAAACCUUUUAGGCCUGUCUCAUCGUUAAAAAGAGAAAUUUCCAAUCAUAACGAUAUUCAAAUAAUUAAAGGGAACAUGCAUAGAAGUUGUCUAUAUAGCUAGAGCAUUUCAAAAAUCAAAAACCUUGAGCUCCUACCUCCUCACCAAUCUCUUAUCCAUGGAGUAAAUAAAAUCAA